UUACAUCUUUUGCACAAAAAGAAGAGAUCUUGGUGGAUGUAUUUAUUGGUUUGUUGUUUUUCUUUAGUUUCCACAAGCAAUUUUAUGUGAUACUAUUCUCCUUAAUUUUUUGUAAAGGUAUGUAAAGGUUACCAUUUCCAACUUUCCUCCGACUUUAUCAGGCAAUCGACACCCUCACACGAUAGAAUCACUUGAUUUUUUUUCAAAGCUUGAAUUGACUUGUUCUAUCUUGAGAUGAUGAUGGAAAUUGAAGGAUUUUUUUCUCAUUUUUUGCUUGUUCCUUGGGUUUAGUUGGGGAUUUUUGUGAUAGGUUAUUGUUGUUGAAAAAAGCCUCUACCUUUCUGUUACAUGGAUGGGUAAAGUUGAAGUUUAUUUACAUUGUGAAAAUACAAUUAUUACAACUUGAGUAGCUGUUACACCUUUUAAUAAAGUCAGAGAUCACGCAGGAUCUAAAUGUGCAAAACUUAGACCUCGCAGGAUCCUUGCAAAAUAAUACAUAUGAAAACAAAGAAAUUAUAACUAGACAUAAAAUACAUAUGUACACAAGAAACUACAUUAAACCCAAAAAAGAAAAAAAAUACAAUGCACAUGUGAAGUCUAUACAUAUUUGCACUGCCUCUGAAAUUUUCAACCGCAAAAAAUCUCCCAGGGAGUCCUCAAGCAUUGCACAUGUAGAAAGCCAUGCCAUCCCACAAAAGACAUCUUGAAACGUCAUUACUUUCAUGGAAAAGAAUGCUCUAUAUCAUAUUUACAGGACUUGGAAACCUAUGAUUUCUCAUAAAACUAAUACAUGACUCUGUUGGCUAUAUCACUCCAGCUGCAUAACAUUAAUAAAAACCUGGCUAGCAGCACCCAAAUUACUGGAGGGUAAGGAGUAUUCUAUAAAAGGGUUUUGACAAGGUUUCUACAGAGCUAAAGAAAGGUUAAUGAAUAUGGAACCUUCAAAAGCUAGAGAUGCUACACUAAGUUGCUUUGCUGCAUAUGUGGCGUGUAUAGUGUGUGCUUACUUUAUGUUGUUUGAGAAUAAAAGAGAAGUAACUCCUAGGGAACCAACCGAGUUGAGAGAUUCAUUGAGAAAUGCUUAUAUCUACCGGUUGUUCUAUGGCGGCAGAACAUUUACAUAUGACUACUUAAGAAUGGAUAGAGGUCCAUUUUUUAACCUUGUUCGCAUGUUACGAAAGUCUAGACUUCUUAAAGAUACCAUAUAUGUUUCCAUCGAGGAGCAAGUUGCUAUGUUUUUACACAUAGUAGGGCAUAAUGCAAAAAAUAGGGUUGUUGGUAUAAACUUCGUACGUUCAGGCGAAACUAUUAGUAGGUACUUCAAUGCAGUCCUCGUGGCAAUAUUAAAACUAAGACCAUUACUAAUGAAGCAAGCGAGUGGUGAGGUAUCCGAUGAGAUUCGUUGUAGAUCAACUUGGUACCCUUGGUUUGAGAACUGUAUUGGUAUGAUUGAUGGAACACACAUUGCUGCGUCUGUCCCUGAUAAUAUAGUUGCUCGAUUUCAUGGUCGUAAAGAUGGUCCCACACAAAAUGUGCUUGGAGUUGUUACACCUAAUAAGCUAUUUUGUUAUGUCAUGGCUGGAUGGGAAGGGUCCGCUAAUGACUUUACAGUUUUGAGGGAUGCAUUGUUUGUGCCUCCUCCAAAGGGAUUGCAUUUGAUAAAAGGCAUGUACCUUGUUCUCUGUUGAACCGAGAAAUGAGAGAUUAUUUGCAUUUAUGCAUGAUGAUCCCCUGGCAAUGACACAUGGUUUAUUAUGCUGAAGAUGCUAAUGUGGCCUUGGUUGGAUUGUAUAAUCCAGAUGCAGCUUACCUUUCACAUGGGGGUCAGCACUGGUUUCCUGGUGUAAGAACUCACUCUAUUUCAUACUCAUCUACCAGAAGUGGGACUUCAGUCUUUAUACAUUGCAGAAAUUUACUAGCUGUCAUGAUUGAUUUAAUAAAAAGUAGUAUGUCCAUACCAGCAAAGUGAUGACCUUGGUGUUCUUGUGAUCUUUAAUGUUCAGUGCUUGCCUCGUGUCUCUAGAGUUUAUUCAUUCAUUAUUCAUGGUGAAGCCAUAGUUCUUUUUGCUUAUGUGGUAUGUAUUCUCAACCCCAUAUGUGUUAACUUUUUCACGACUUGGACACAUUGAUUGCCAUUGUUGUUCAAAUCCUUGCUUGUGUAGUUAGAUAUGACAAAUUAUAUUGGCACCAAAUGAUCAAAAUAAUGUCAAAUAUUACUGUUCUGUAUGGAUAGACAUCUUCCUGAUCUUGUUGCAAGCACUUGUCUCGUGUGUUAAAAAUCUGUCAUUUUUUUGUAAUUUGACUUAAGCUCAUAUUCUUAUUCUUA